AUGGGAGAGGGCCUAUUCCAAUAUGCGGUUUUCAAGAACACUAUCCUGUACCUGGACCAAGCCCUUGCACAACUGCCCAACUUCUCGGGUGAUUGGAAGCUGCAGGAUGUUCUCACAGGUAACUGUGCAUCAGAUCUUAUUAACGUGCCUUUGGUAUCUCAGACGGUCUGCAUCGCUCUUCAAGUGGGGUUAGUGGACCUGCUUCGCUCGUGGAAGGUUGAGCCUGUCGCCGUGGCUGGCCACUCGUCGGGUGAGAUUGCCGCAGCCUACGCAGCUAGACGCAUCACCGCCGUAGAUGCCAUUAUCACAGCAUACUGUCGAUAUCAGGGCAUCUCUCACAACCCAAAGGAAGGACUAAUGCUAGCUGUUGGUCUUGAGUUGGAUGCGGUUGAGAAGUACUUGUCUAAAUUCGAGAUGAAAGUGAGGGUUGCAGCUUUCAACUCACCCAUCAGCCUGACUCUUUCCGGGGACAAAGACGCUAUAAAAGUCGUCUCUGAAAGGAUGAACGAAGACGCACUGGGUGAAGAAUGUGAGCGUAUGCUGACCGAGGGUCUUGAGCACACCCGGCGCCUGGGUAUCAUUGAGCCACAAUCCCAAUCACCCGCCGUUUCUUGGUUCUCUUCGGUGGUCCCGCACGAGAGAAUGGACAUGGUCAAAAUCAAUGCCUCAUACUGGCGAUCUAAUGUCGAGUCACCUGUUUGCUUUUGGGAGGCUACUUCUCAACUGGCUCAGAAAGUUGAUGCUAUCAUCGAAAUUGGGCCUCAUGCCGCUCUCAAGGGACCUAUUGGCCAGAUUAUGAAGAGCAUUGGCGUUGAUACGCCGUAUAUAUCCGCGCUACGGCGAGGUGAAGAUGGCCAGCUUUGUCUGCUGCAGUUGGUUGGGACCUUGUUUGGCCUCAACGCUGGGAUUGAUCUCGCAGCAGUAAAUUCCACCGACCGUGUCCAGGCAAAUAGGUCGCUCUCCUAUGUGCAUGGGUGCAUGGCAAUUGAUCUCCCCCCUUACCAGUACACAUACGGCCCUAUCCAAUACUACGAGAGUCGUAUCAGUAAGGAAAUCAGAUCACGGACGACUCUGCGUCACGAUCUCUUGGGAUCGAAACUGCCCGGAAACGCCAAACUAAAUCCUCAGUGGCGGAAUUUUCUUCGACUCAAGGACUUGCCGUGGAUGGGCGAUCACCGUCUUCUCCCUCAUCCGGUUUUCCCGGGGGCUGGAUACCUGAUGAUGGCCGUCGAAGCUGCCUCCCAGGCCUAUAUUCAGGAUUUUUCAGAACCUCUUAGCAUUACAGGUUUCUCUUUGCAGAAUGUGUCAAUCAAAUCUGCCAUGCGCAUUCCAGAAGACGAUUAUGGUGUUGAGGUUUUGCUGAGUCUGCAACUUUUGGAAUCAACUACGGCAAAGAAACCUUCGUGGAUCAGCUUUAGCAUCCGCUCUGUCGCUGAUGUUCCUCUGAACACUGCUGCGAACAGCAGUGCUGCAUUUUCUGCACCUAUUUUCCGGCUGACUUGGAAGCCAGACAUCAGGUCUAUGAGUAAUGCUCAGGCCAAGGUGCUAUUUUAUCCUCCAUCGGACAGCAUUGCAAAGACUCGGUCAGAUCUGUCCCAUCGCUCUGAGCAUAUCCGAAAUUUCCUUUUCUGGGCACAACGUCAGACGAACAAUUACAAUGAAUGGGUUGUCGAAGCCAAGGGUUUAACAAGCGCCGAAAGGCUUCUGUGUAUUGACCAGAUAUACGAGCAAAUCGAUCACUGUGCCGAUGCCAGGGUAGCUCGCCAUAUGUUCCAGAAUAUCGAGGAUGUGUUAUACGAGCGCAAGACUGGAAUGGACGUUCUUGCGCAGGACGGUUUGUUGACGGCAAUGUACGAGGAGGGGAUCAUCUUGGCGGGAGCCUAUCCUCAGGUUCGGAGGUGUUUUGACGCUAUUGGCCAUGCCACCCCUAGUCUUGAUAUCAUUGAAAUAGGAGCAGGUACAGGUGGUGCCACACGAAUCAUUCUCGAUACUCUCUCCGAGAGAGAUGGGAUUAAGCGGUACAAGAGUUACACCUUUACUAAUAUCUCCAGUGGGCUUGUGGGAGCCGCCAAAGAGAUGCUUGGAGAGGAAUACAAUGAUGUGCACUUCUCGGUUCUGAACGUGGAGCAGGAUCCACUAGAGAAUGGCUGUCAGCCUUUCUAUGAUGUUGUGGUAGCCUCAGAUUGCCUGCAUGCAACGACCAACAUUUCCCAGACUCUCUCGAACUGUCGCAAGCUGCUCAAGCCUGGUGGUAGGUUGAUUAUAGUGGAGAACACACGCACUGUCAUUGGCCACGGCCUUAUUCUGGGAACCUUAACAGGUUACUGGAGUGGCAGAUCGGAUGGUCGUGUUGACAGUCCAUUUUUGGACUCAAGCGGAUGGAAUGCAUCUCUUCUGGCAAACGGUUUUAGUGGGACAGAUCUGGUGUUGGAUGAUUACCCUCAACCGUAUACUACUGCUUGUACUUUUUUGUCUACUGUAGUUGAAGGUACCAUAUCAACGGUCCCAAGGCAGCUGACAGAUUUGAACAGCGAGGAGGUAUACUUCCUUCAUGAACAGAGAGACCCCUCUUCACUCGCAGUACAAACUUUCGCGCACUUCAAGGAAAAAGGCUUUGUUGUGAAAUCGUGCUCGUUUGAUGUUGUCACCGUCCCCCCUCACAGUCGAGUCAUCGCUUUCCUCGAUAGUGACAACCAUUUAAUCCAGAUUGACCAGCAUCGAAUGGAAAAAUUCCAAAGCCUCUUCCGCAAUGCAUCAAGCAUGAUUCUUGUCACAUACGGGGGCAUCAUCCAAGGAAAAAAUCCCAGUGCUGCUAUUUCAAUCGGUUUAUUGCGCACUAUUGGGACAGAGAAUCCCACUUCUCGGUUCCUUUCCAUCGAUGUUAAUCCCGAUAGUCCUACAGGGACUCUGGCUGGUACCAUUCUCAAACUUGAAUCAUCUUUACAAACCCCCAGCUCUCUGUAUUAUGGGGAUGACAACGAAUUUGUGUGGCAGGAUGAAUGUCUAUGGGUCAGUCGCCUGGUGCCCGACCCGGGACUGAAGGAUCAGCUUGAAUUAGCUGAGUUGCCACCGGCACGCGCAAAACCACUUUGCUUUGAUAAUCACGGUCCUGUACGUGCGGACUUUGAGACCCCCGGUCUCUUGACUUCGCUUUACUUCAAGCCUUGUGAGGAUAUGUGGAAGCCUCUCCCAGAUGACUGGGUGGAAAUUAAGGUGGCUGCCGUGGGUUUGAAUUGGAAAGACCUCGCCAUCUCCGCCGGUCGAUUUGAUAUGAACACCCUAUCGUCUGAGUAUUCUGGCAUAGUCUAUCGUGUAGGAUCCGCAGUCACCAAUAUCUCUGUCGGCGAUCGAGUGUAUGGUCUUGGAAAGGGCCAUUUUGGUAAUUACGUGCGCGUCCACGCCGCUACAGCCCAGCACCUGCACCCUGAAGACGACUUGUUGAAAAUGGCCACCAUGCCACUGGUAUACAUGACAGUGGUCUACGGAUUCUCUUACGCUACGAAGCUAAAAAGGGGGGAGAAACUUCUCAUCCAGUCCGCCACUGGUGGUCUGGGAAUGGCGGCUAUUCAAUUAGCACAGUCGAUAGGUGCUGAGGUUUUCGCCACAGUAGGCACUGCAGACAAAGCGAAGUAUCUCGCAGAAGUGUUCAGAAUUCCCGCUUCUAGGAUCUUUUCAUCUCGAGCCACCGCCGAUUUUCCCAAGAUGACAGACGCAACUGGGGGUCGUGGAUUUAAUGUUAUUCUCAGCACAUCCCAAGGUGACAUGUUACAUGAGUCCAUCAAGGCUCUUGCUCCGCUCGGCCGAAUCAUAGAUGUUGGACGAGUCGAUGUACAAAAUUCCAUGACCCUCAAUCUGGCCCUGUUUCAAAAGAGCGCCACCUUCUCCUCGUUUGACCUCGGAGUCAUCGUGGAGGCUCAGCCUGAAAUGAGCCAAAUCCUGAUGCAGUCAGUCGAUGAACAUUUCCGUGCUGGGAACAUUGCGCCUAUUCCGGCCAUCUUGGCCUCGAAUGUGUCGGAGCUGGAUCAAACACUGCUGGGCUUUUCCAAGGGCACUCACAUCGGAAAGCUGGUCGUCAACUUCCAAACACCUGAUUCAUUGGUCAAGAUGGUUCCUCCGGAUCUAUCUUUCGACAAAUUGACCCCAUGCAAAUGGAAUUUGGGUCUUUCUGCCAAGGUAUUAGGCACCCAAAAUCUUCAUGAAGCGACUAAAUCUCUGCCCUUGGACUUCUUCGUUAUGACGACUUCUCUUGAAUCCGUCCUCGCCCUUGCAACUCAAAGCGCCUACACGGCGGCCAACAACUUCCAGGAAGUGUUUGCACGAUACCGCCGCAGUCAGGGACUGCCCGCUUCCACUGCAUCGUUCGGUUUGAUCACAGAUGUCGGCCAUCUCAGCACUAAUAUCACUACUAUCAAUCUGAUGGCUCGUAACAAGGUGCUCGGAAUCACAGAGUAUCAGUUUCUGCGCCUGUUGGAGCCAGCCUUUCUCAACAAUAACCCUUUUCCAGUUCAGAAAAGCAAAGGAGGCCGAGAUUCCUGGAUCGGGGCAUCUGAUGACCCUCUCUCCGCUGGCAGCACGGUCACCUGUCUCGAUCCCGCUCUUCUGGCAGCCAAGAAGAUAGAUGAAUUGGCUAGCUCCGCUGGCGGGCCGGGUAAUAUUCGUCCAAAAUGGUACACUGACGCGCGCGUCUCCUUGGUUAUGCGUGCAUUCGAAGAUGCGGAGCGCCACCACAAUGACAAAAGUGCCAACAAUGCCAACAACAAUGCAGGUGGAAUUCUACGGGAUGACUUUGAAGCUGCCAUCAACGGUUCUGUUGGCCGCAGCAAGGUGGAGGAGAUGGUUACCGGAGCAAUCCAAAACACCGUCGCGGAGAUGUUGUUUAUCGACGCCUCGGGGGUGGAUCCGACAAGGACGGUUUCUGAGUAUGGUGUCGAUAGUUUGAUCGCGGCCGAACUCCGGAAUUGGCUCAAUACGAGCUUCAUGGCGGAUAUCAGCAUGCUGGAUUUGCUGGAAACGCGCAUGAGCAUGAAGGCUUUGGCAAAAAUUGUGGUCGAUGCAGCAUUUUCAAAGAAGUCAACUUUGACAUGA